AUGGGGCAGAAGACCAGCAAGUUGAGCAACGAAGACAUUUCCGAGCUACGAAAGGAGACGAAGUUCACCAACAGAGAGCUACAUCAGUGGUACAAGGGGUUCAAGCGGGACCUCAAUGGCGGGGAGCUGAACAAGGAGACAUUUAUUGAGAUCCACAAACAGUACUAUCCGUUUGGGGAUCCGACGGAGUUUGCGAGCUACGCAUUUGAAGCGUUUGAUCUGAAUGAUAAAUCGGUUGUUGACUUCAGGAGUUUUAUCAAGAGUUUGAGUGUGGCUUGCCGGGGUAGUACUGAGGAGAAGUUGGCGUGGUCGUUCAAGCUGUAUGACCGAGAUAAAGACGGAUACAUCUCGUAUGCGGAUUUGCUAACGGUGAUCAGGUCGAGUUACAAAAUGCUCGGGAAGAAGGUGGUGAAGUUCAACGAGAGUGACCUGCAGCCCGAACAGAGGGCAGACCGCAUCUGGGUAGGGUAUGGUAAAAAGCUUGAGAGCCGUAGUUUUGAGAGAAUCAGCCAUGCCGAAUGGGCAGAUAUAUCCAACCUAUCAUUGGACGUCAUUGGAGCCCUUACUCUAUACAACGAUCUUAUAUAG